CGUCUGUGCACACAGCGUCUCCUGAUAUCAGUGGGAAAGAGCACAGGGCCCACUGGCUUUAAAAGGCUCUCUUAGACCAGGCACAGCACUAAUGUCAAUCUCUAUCCAGAUCCUGUUGGGAACAUCUUACUUGGUGCACAUCAGGAUGGAAAUACCAUUGCUCUUAUUCUCCUGACUACAAACAACUGUUUCGUGGGAGCUCAGGACUACAGUGCAAAGUCACAUACAAAGACAUUAAGUUGAUCAGAAAGCCAUCCAACUGAUAAGGAAAGUCCAGCCUCAUGCUAAUUAAAGCUCUUAACAGUUUGGCUCAUGCUAAUUAAAUUUACUCUCCGAAGACUAACUCCGGUGCACUUUAUAGGACACUAUGUAACCAGUAAAUUACAAGCCAGUUGUGGUUACUCUGCAUGCCAGUCAGUAUUUCUCCAUUUCAGCCUGGGGUCAGCUACAGUACAGAGGGACUGGCUUUUGCCUUCCUUACACUGGUGUGAAGCAGGAGUAACGCAACUGUAUUCAGUGGAGUCAAAGUGGUGUGAAGUCAACAUGCGAAGAGAAUCAGGCUCAGAGGCCCCUCUGCAGCAUCUUGGUGGAGCGAUUUGGCUGCAGGUUCACUGUGAUGCUGGGUGGCCUACUCAGUGGAGUGGGCAUGGUUGCCAGCUCCUUCUCUAAGUCCAUCAGCCAGCUUUACGUAACAGCCGGCUUCAUUACUGGCCUAGGAUCCUGUUUUGGCUUCCAGGCGGGAGUGACUGUGCUUGGCUACUACUUUGUGCGCCGACGGGCUUUGGCCAAUGCCCUAGCAUCCACCGGUGCCUCCAUUGGCCUCACACUGUGGCCGUUGAUUUCUCAGUACUUGCUGGAUGAGAUGGGCUGGAGAAACACUUUCCUCAUCUUUGGCGGUGUGCUGUUGAAUGCUUGUGUCUGUGGGGCCGUGAUGAGACCAGUCCAGUUUGGGCCCCCCACGUCACCGCUGCAGCCCAGCCCUGGACAGGAGCCAGGCAACUCAGCUGAAGAUGCACAGCUGUCCAACGGAGCCACCCCUCAUCAGGUGGAGCCCCCGCAGCAGGCCAGGUUUGCUGCUUGCAAGCAGACGCUGCAGAAGUACCUGGCUUUUGAUAUCUUCUGCAAAAACAAAGGUUACCAGAUUUACACCAUUGGCGUGGCCUGGAUGGUGAUGGGCUUUGUGCUGCCCCUCAUCUACCUGGUGCCCUAUGCCAUCCGGAACGGGGUGGAGGAGCGCAAGGCCGCCCUCCUUAUCUCCAUCAUCGGCUUCAUUAACAUCUUCAUGCGCCCCAUGGCUGGGCUGCUCUCAGGACUCAAUAUCUUCACUGGGAAGCGGAUUUACCUGUUCAGCCUGGCCAUGCUGCUCAAUGGGCUCAGCAAUCUCAUCUGCAUCAUCUCCGCCGACUUCAGCAUGCUCAUCCUCUACUGCCUCAUCUACAGCAUGUCCAUGAGUGGCAUUGCAGCGCUGAUCUUCCAGGUGCUGAUGGAUGUGGUGGAGAUGGACAGGUUCUCAAGUGCCUUAGGCCUCUUCACCAUCCUGGAGAGUGUCACCAUCCUCCUUGGACCCCCACUCGCAGGUGUUCUGGUGGAUAUAACUGGCCAGUUCAGUUAUGUCUUCUAUGCCUCCAGCUUCUUCAUGGUGUCAGCUGCACUCUUCAUGGGUCUCAGCUUCUGUGCUUUGGACAGAAAGAACAAACUGAAAGAGGCUCUGAAGCCAACCUCCAAUAGCCCCUCCAGAUACCAAUACACUGAAGUGCCAACUAACCCAGGGCCUGAAAAACAAGCUCCUCCUGCCGUCAUGUACAUCACAAGCAUCUGAACGAAGAGGAACUCAUAGAAUCCUGUGACCCACACAACCGCAACAUGUAGCGUAACUGGAGGAAGAUGGGAGGAAAUGCCUGCUUUCCACAAUAACCCAUCUGGGUCCUGCAGUGAGCAUCUACUCAGCAGCGCUGCCUCAGAUUCCAGAUGGAAGAUCCAGAUCAGAGGCAGAGCCCAAAGCCUUGCAACAGCCAGAAAGCCAAAGAACAAGGAGCACUUCUUAUACCUGGUGCAAGCCCAUAAGGCAAGGAUAGUAGAUCUGUGACUUAAUGUGUGUUACUUUAAGCUAACAGAAUUAAAUCGACAGUGACUUUUUUUUUUUCAGGCUGUACAUUUUUUGUAUAUUUUAAUUUUUAAGACUAGAAAGAUUUAUUAGGUUAUGCACUACAAUGAUCCCUGACACAGCAACAGUCAGUCAGUCCUGGAAGAGCUAAAAUACCACUUAAUCGCCUUGUCUGGACAUGCCAACCUAGCAAAGACUAACUUUGUAGUGAAGUCAUCUGGUUGCCUCCCACAAGGGGCAGGGAAAACCCCUUUCCUGGGGGAUGCGUUGCUGCUUUCUCCCCCACCUCUGGAUAUUGCAUGGAAUAUUACACAGGUUGUAGAACCCAGGCUAGCGCCUGCUAUCAGUUGUGUCUAGGCCAAAUUAAUUUUUUACAAGCUAGUAACCAAAUCAUUCCUGCAUUUCAAGGGCAUAUUCAGGAAAACAAAGGUUCAAAUCCAAAGCCCCAAUAAAACUGGACAGACUCAAAGUGCCUACAUUUUAUAGCCUGUGCUAUGAUGUCUUUAGCUCUCUCCUCUCCACCUUUACCAAGGUGUGCUGCAAGAAAGAAUGUGACAGUUCAUGGCCAGUGUAAAUGCACUUAGAAACUGGGAGAAUGAGUGGCAAAUACAGGGAUGGACAUUUUUUCUUUCCAGGAGCAGUACUUUGAAAAAUGUACCAGGCCUGAAAGCAAUUGCACUAGUCCAGACCUAGGGCCAAGUUCAGAGUCAGGGUAAGCUAGACUCUGUUACACUCAGAGAGCCAGAUCCUCAUCUUAUGUAAAUGGGAGCAGCUCCUCAUCCAGACUCUCAGACUUAAUUACACCCAUUUUCCAGUAUAAAAGGGAGUCUACACGGGUGUCAUUUACAUGCCAAAGAGUCAGAAGAAAUUGGGGUGGGGAGGUAUGGGGGAAAUUUAGUUUUACUUACACACUCCCGUUAGUGAUCUUUCUUGCUACAUUCCUUUUUUUGUGGCCUUAGCAUGUGAGUUAUACCAGCUUGACCUCCCUUUGGUCUCUUAGUGAACCAAAUUCAGAGAUGAGGGGUAAGCUAAAUGUGGAUAUAAGUUACUUGUUGGUAAAUGGAUUGUCCCCAUAUAAAUGGAAAGGAGUCUAAAGGACAUCUAAGAUGGUGUAACACGGAAGAAGCUAUCACUUUGCCAGCUUAGACUCUUCUCUGGAUGUGGCCCAAGAUACCAGCUAUCAUAAUGCACAUAAAAUACAUUUUUGCUUUUACUCUGCUUCAGUUCUGAAAUGACUAACAGCAGAUCUCUCACAGAACAUUGGAGAUGGAGAUUAAUGCUUUAAACCCUUUGAAAGAUGGGAGUUUAAGAUGCUCUCAGAAAGUAGAAGCAUUGGCUUCUAGCUUUAGUGGUUGCCAA